AUGAGAGGGAUUGUCGCUCUUUCUUUCCUCUCUGUGGCGCUGGGCGUCACGGCGGACUUGACUGAAUCCAACUUGCACAAAUACCCUAAGGCGCUGGCACUCGAAAAUUCUUUUAACCCCAUCAAAGAGGCUUACUGGACUGGAUAUCCUCACCAUCGACGAACUCCAUUUUCGGUUUCUCCCGAUGGAAAAUCAGCUUACGUUGCCUACCUUGACGCGAGCGAAACAGACAUUCAUGUGCAGCAAGUGGAUGUAGACACGUUUCAAUCGACCGGGACGUCGGUUACGGUUUCCGGUGGCAAGGAAGAUGGGAAACAAACGUGGAAGACGUGGCUGGGUGGACCUGGUGUCCACGAGGCUGACGGUCUCUCCGCGUCGCCUGAUCUCAAUGGCGAUCUGGUCUACUCGGAGCAAGCGGGUCUAUACGGCGCCUACUUUGUCGUCACCGAUUACUCUGGCGACGCAGCCGGACACUAUGGUGACAGUAUUCAAUACGUUGCAGAUAAUGGAACACUUGUCACAAUCACAGGGGCCAGCAGCUCCUGGGGCUGUAGCCAUAAUACUGGCAUCGCUUUCGAGUCGGCCGAUGAACCUCCGUUUGCGAGUAUCUGCGCAGAAGACCAGGGAGCUAUUUGGCUGAAUAGUAAAACACUGGGUAUGUCAAAUGACGGCGUGAAAAUCUCCAAUGAGAAUACCACCAACGGAGCCUCGGGGGAGCCCAUGGGGGGCAUGUCCGGCAGUUAUAGUGCUCUCGCUCGCUUUGCGGAAAGCACUCGGUAUAUCUUCGCCUGGGUUUCCCGCGGUGCAAUGGAUCUCACCGAAAAUACGUGGAUGGGAAGUGGCUACACGCAUGCCCUGAAUCGCACCAACAAUCGUAACGUAGCCAUCUCCCUGUUCUCCGAUAAAUACACCAUUGUUGGAGAGCAGGCGACUUCAGAGGUCGGUGCCGAAGAUGGCGAUAAGCAGAUCAAUUGGCUGACCGAGGGCGCAAACGACUGUUCGAAUGCGCAUGCCGCGACGUUCGGAAACAACAGUGCACUGGUGACGUGGGAGGAGAUCUCGGAUCCAAUUUGCGACUUUGUGGCCAUGGGAUGCCGCGGACAGUUCGCUGGCACAUUCUUCCAGCAGGUAGAUUCCACUGGAAAACGGGUCGGCAGUCCGUUGAAAAGCAUGGAUACCUUUGUCGCCGGCGACAUGGUGACAAUGCCCGAUGGUCGGAUCUGCUGGCCAUAUGUGAGCAUGGACUGGGAUCUAUCGCAGGCUGUAUAUGCAUUGACUUCUUCGACCACCACGACCAUGAGUUUCGCCUGUAUUGAUCUCACUGGUGACUCUUCCUAG